AUGUCGUCCGCUCGCCCAGGCCCCGGUCCGGGCCCGGGCUCGCAGUCGCAGUCCCAGUCCCAAGUCACCGCGUCAGUCAUCAAGUUCCGUUGCCUAUACACACAUGAUUUGCGCCGCAAGUCCAAACGGUGGCAGGAUGGCUAUCUUAAGUACCACACAUUCAACAAGCGCAUCAUGGUCUACGACGAACAGGGAAACUACAUCGGGGACCACCACUGGCGGUCGGUCGAGGAAGUGCAGGACGGUGACGAGCUCGAGCUGGACAAAGGCGCCCUGAUCCAAGUUGGAGAGAGGAUGAGCACCACUCAGACUGAUCUCUCCGGUCUAUUGGAGAAGAGGAAAUCCAGUCAAGACUCCCCGCAGGCCAAUGUUUCCGCUUCACAUGCACCGCAUGCCUCGAUGCCUCGAUCAUCAAGCUCGUCACAGCCAUUUCGCUCAUUGAAUGAUCUUCUCGGCAUUAAAAAGACUCCAAUUGGACACCUAGUAUUGCCUUACGAAGAAAGACACCCACCUCCUCCCUCAUCAGAGAACUCUUUGCCGUCACAGCGCGCACCAAAACGACCCAAGGUGGCCCCGCCGAAACCACUCGUCAAUAGAAGUGCCCCAGCUGAAGUGGUGGAUUUGACCGAACCCGAGGAAGGACCCCCAGCUGCGAAAUCACGGAAGCUUGCGACGGCACAUGAGAUGCCUCGAACAGCCCAAAGGCCUCGGAAUCCAGCGCUCGUCCCGCAGCCUCCGCCAGAGACACGGCGAGAAAAUCCCAUAGUAACAGGGCCACAAAGGCCUGCUCCUUUGACAACUAUCAGGUCUUCAACUCCGCCCGAGAAGGCACAUAAUCUAUCAUCAACAACAACCACAACAACAACAUCGACACCUUUACCGCAGAGGUCUGAUCCGGCGCUAGUUACGAAACCCCCUGCGCCUUCGGAGAAAGCACGAAGUGCGCCGAGGGCAAUGAACUCACGAAGACCUGAACUCCCGCAAUUCCCGGACACUUCAAUGCCACCGGGAAUACCACAAGAUAUAUCCAAGACAUUGAAACCUCAAGUAAAAGAGCCCCCAAGGUUCGCGAACCCUCCAGUGCCGCCUGAACCCCCACGAGACGCAAGAAUAGCAACAGAUUUGCAAAGGCCCGAACCUCCGAAAUUUGUGAAACCGCCUCUACCUGCUUGCUCAGCAUUAUCGAGCCGUUCACAAAAACCAGAACGUACAGCAGCUAAGGACAUGCAAACCGAGCCGCUUGGUGCCCGAAAGAUUCCAAAUGAAAACCUACCAGUGCCUCCACGAACAACUUCAAACACCUCAUCCUCCGAAGCACCCAUCAAGACAUUGCGCAUGGCAACAGAGAAACCUCGCAAAAAGCUCAUGUACAGUGCGUUGUUACCUAGCGACCCAUCACAAAAAUCGUCUUCAAGGCCAUCGAAUAUAAAGAGUCGAGCGACGCUAAGAAACCUGGAUUCGCAAGCAGCGACCACACCCGCCCACCAGGUUGACUCCACAAAUGCCGAAUUCCUGCCCUCGGACUCGACGCAAUUCAUUCUUGAUGCAAUGGCGGACAGCUCAAAUUUAGGGGCCACGAUGACCCAACCUCCCAACUUACCUGCACGAAGAGCUCUCGAUGCACCUUUAAGGAAAUCACUAUCCGUUCCAACUGCCUUGACGGCCCGACAAACACUCCAAAGCCGACCCACACUCAUGCGAAGCGCAAUGAGUGCGCUUUCUGAACAACCAGAUGUCAACGAAGAGGGGCCCUGGACAUCUGAAGCCCUAGAUCUUUUUGAUUUCUGGCCCCCAGGACGACCAAAACCUAUCUGA